AGUGGAUCAGCACUAGCUCAGCACCAUCUCUGCUUAUAUCAACGUGUGUGCUGAGCAGCUGGUUCUUGAACAACCAAACAAGCAGCAGAUCAGAGUCUGCGCAAAUCCAUCAAGCAGCAGUGCAUGCAGGCAGCCAUGGAGAAGAGAGGCAGCAGCGGUAGCGCGAGCCUCCUCGCGCUGGCCCUCCUGCUAGCCGCCUCGCUCGCGUCGUUCCAGCCGUGCCACGGAGCGCGCGGCGUCCCCGCCGGCGCGGGGCCGGAGGAGGAGCCGCUCCGGCCCCAGAACGUGUUCGGGUUCGGCGGCUUCUACCCGGGCCCCACCGUCAACUGGGUCUUCCCGGGCCCCAACGGCAUCACCCCGCAGGUCGGCUUCGGCGGGAUGCCGGGCUCCGGCGCCUUCCCGGGGGUCGGCGGCGGCGGUGGCGUCUCGCCGUUCACGCCCGGCGGCGGCGGUGUGGUCGGCAUCCACGGCGGCGGCGGCGCUGCUGCUGGCGCCGCGGCGAAGAAGCCGUGAGACUGCGAGGCGGCGACCCGGAGGAUGUCAGGCUGUGUGGUGUGUAAGGUGAAGUGGCCGAGCUUGGUGCGGUAGAGUUCCGUGUGUGGUGUGGAAGUUUGUGUAGCGGUAAGAGCAGAGUCUGUGGUUUGUUCGUCUUGGGCUCUUGGCCAUCGUGGUAGCGUUCGUGUAUUGUGUCCUGGUUAUCAGAGCUUUGUAUCCUGUGUUUGUGUGACGGACGACUUCUCAAGCGGUAGUACCUGCUAAAUCUUGCGUGCUCUCUCUCGCUCGCUCGCGCUCUGGCUCUCUCGAGAUCUGGAUAUACUACAUCUUCUGCUA